GGAGGGGUGAGGAUGGAGGGAGCCCAGGCCGGGAAGCAGUGCUGCUCCGGGCCGGGUAGCCUGGGCUGGGCUGGGCGGAAGUGGGGACGGCUGUGGGAAAGGCGCUUUUUCCCCUGCCCCGCCCCCUGGGACCACCUCCCCUCCCCCCUGCUGUCCGCUGGCGGGGAUCUGGCCGGCGGCCGUUAGUUAGGCUUCCCGAGGCCGUUCCUUCAGGCCUUUUUCUCUUGGGCUGUGGGGAGGCCGUCUCCGUACCGUUGCGGGAGUCCUCAUCUCACUGCCCAGCCCUCCUCGCAGGGAACAGGCCGGCUGGGAUUUCGGGGCUUUCCCGCCAGAGCAGGGUCGACUCUCAAGGGAAAGCUGUUUUCACCGGGAAUCUCAGCUUUCUGUUACACCUGCUUCACCUCACGCCUUCCUUGAGACCUGAAUGAUACUACUUCUGCGUCUCACGUAAACAUUUCGCCAACUCUUUUACUCUGGUAUCUCCCUGAGAUGAUAGUGCCACCACCAGAAAGAAACGUCUGGACCCUCCUGCCCAGGUUAUGAAAAUCCCCUUAACCAUCACAGUUUGCUUACCUGGCUCAUCGCCUCCUGGACUUUGUAUCUGCUGAAGUCAGUGAUGUGAAAAGACCUGUCAUGGAUGAUAUUGCUGAUAGGAUAAGAAUGGAUGCUGGAGAAGUAACUUUAGUGAACCACAACUCCAUAUUCAAAACCCAUCUCCUGUCACAAACAGGUUUUCCAGAGGACCAGCUUUCACUAUCUGACCAUCAGAUAUUACCUUCCAGGGAAGGAAAUUUGGACCGAUCUUAUACAUGUUCUACAGGAAGUGCAGCUUAUAGUCCAAAUUAUUAUUCAGGAUUCUUUGUCAGCAAGAUGAGAUCUCCUCCCCUAAAAAGACAUAAUCCUUCCUCAGACAAUUUUCUUGGCUCAGGAGAUAUAAGAACCUUUGGCCAGAGUGCAAAUGGUCAGUGGAGAAAUUCCACUCCAGCAUCAGGUUCAACUUUCCAAAAAUCAAGAAACAGCCGAAGUCUUUACCUCGAAACCCGAAAGACCUCAAGUGGAUUAUCAAACACUUUUAUGGGAAAGUCAAAUCAUCACUGCCAUGUGUCUGCAUAUGAAAAAUCUUUUCCUAUUAAAUCUGUUCCAAGUCCAUCUUGGAGUGGUUCGUGUCGUCGAAACCUUUUGAGCCCCAAGAAAACUCAGAGGCGACAUGUUAGUACAGCAGAAGAGACCGUUCAAGAAGAAGAAAAAGAGAUUUACAGACAGCUGCUACAGAUGGUCACAGGCAAACAGUUUUCUGUAGCCAAACCCACCACACAUUUUCCUUUACAUCUAUCUCGAUGUCUUAGUUCUGGUAAGAAUACUUUGACAAACCCACUGUUUAAAAAUGGAAACUCUUGUGCAGCUCAGAUCAUCGGCUCUGAUACUUCAUCAUCUGGAUCUGCCAGCAUUUUAGCAACCCAGGAACACCUGUCCCACAGUGUGUAUUCCUUAUCAUCAUAUACUCCAGAUGUUUCAUUCGGAUCCAAAGAUUCUGAUCUCCUUCAUCAAUCCCAACAUCACCACUCUCUUCUACAUCAGCUAGAUAACUUGCCAUCUUCAAAUACACAAUCUGAAGGAUCAGACUCUGUGAUUUUACUCAAAGUAAAAGAUUCCCAGACUCCAACUCCCAGUCCUACUUUUUUCCAGGCAGAGCUAUGGAUCAAAGAAUUAACUAGUGUUUAUGAUUCUCGAGCACGGGAAAGAUUAUGUCAGAUUGAAGAGCAGAAAGCGCUGGCAUUACAGCUUCAAAACCAGAGAUUGCAAGAACAGGAACAUUCAGUACAUGAUUCAGUAGAACUGCAUCUGCGUGUACCUCUUGAAAAGGAGAUCCCUGUCACAAUCACCCAAGAAACAGAAAAAAAAGGUCAUAAAUUAACUGAUAGUGAAGAUGAAUUUCCUGAAAUCACAGAGGAAAUGGAGAAAGAAAUAAAGAGUGUAUUUCGUAAUGGGAACCAGGAUGAAGUUCUGAGUGAAGCAUUCCGCUUGACCAUUACUCGCAAAGAUAUACAGACUCUAAACCAUCUGAACUGGCUCAAUGAUGAGAUCAUCAAUUUCUACAUGAAUAUGCUAAUGGAGCGAAGUAAAGAAAAAGGAUUGCCAAGUGUACAUGCAUUUAAUACCUUUUUUUUCACUAAGUUAAAAACGGCUGGUUACCAGGCAGUGAAACGUUGGACAAAGAAAGUGGAUAUAUUUUCUGUUGACAUUCUUUUGGUGCCCAUUCACCUGGGAGUGCACUGGUGUCUUGCUGUUGUGGACUUUAGAAAGAAGAAUAUUACCUAUUACGACUCUAUGGGUGGGAUAAACAAUGAAGCCUGCAGGAUCCUCAUGCAAUACUUAAAGCAAGAAAGCAUUGAUAAGAAAAGGAAAGAGUUUGACACCAAUGGCUGGCAGCUCUUCAGCAAGAAAAGCCAGGAAAUUCCACAACAGAUGAAUGGAAGUGAUUGUGGGAUGUUUGCCUGCAAAUAUGCCGACUGUAUUACCAAAGACAGACCAAUCAACUUCACCCAGCAACACAUGCCAUACUUCCGGAAGCGAAUGGUCUGGGAGAUCCUCCACCGAAAGCUCUUGUGAAGACUGUCUCAAUUAGCAGACAUUGACAUUGUGGGGGACCAGCUCUUUGUUGUCUACAGCCAGAGACCUUGGAAACAGCUGCUCCCAAUCCUCUGUUCUUGUAAAGCCCUUGACCCUGGACCAGGCCCUGGCGAGAUGCAUUCACAAGCACAUCUGCCUUUCCUUUUGUAUCUCAGAUACUAUUUUUGCAAAGAAACUUUGGUGCUGUGAAAGGGGUGAGGGACAUCCCUAAGCUGAAGAGAGAGACUGCUUUUCACUUCUUCAGUUCUGCCAUCUUGUUUUUAAAGGGCUCCAGCUUCCCUCAGUCCCUAAUUAGGGGACUGAGAGAAGCUUGGAAAGACUCUUGGUUUCAUAUAAACUCUUGUUGUUAGGCCUUAUUAAGAGGUAGGAAAGGGCAUGGGUGAAAAAGGUAGGGAUAAAAACCACCAGCAUAUACACGCACACAUACAUACACACAUGAUUUUCAAGAUGUGUCGUCAGGAAAGUGACUGUAAACUGGACUUUGGGGCACAUACAUAAGUCCCUCUGGGACUUUUCCUAUUUAUAUGCACCUUUGUGAAAUUCUUCUGCUUCUGUACAAGGCUGUUUUAUCAUCUGUAGCUUCUUUCCAUCCUGAGGCACAACACAUGAGUCCUGGGUAGACCCCAAAGUCCCAGGCAGUCCUUUUCUUAAAAGCAGGGGUUUGCAUGUGCUCACAACACAUGAUAUGGGGAAGACCCACCCAGGGAGCGGUUUAGUGGAGCAACAAGGCACCACUUUUAUUACCGCCUACUUCUGACCAAGAAGAAGAAGGACCUCAGUCUUUAGCAUAAAAUUCCAGCAUUGGAUGAAUGCAAGUCUAGUGUGGUCUGUGGCUAGUUAGUUUAAAUGUGUUUCUAACCACAGAGAAUUUAAUAUAUAUAUAUAUACACACACAUAUAUAUAUAUAUAUUUCACAGGGAUAUGCUUUUUUUUUUUUUUUAAGGCUGAAUGUGUUUACCAUUUUGGCCUGUAGAUUUAUUUCCAUUUUCCAAAUUUAGCUCCAGCACGCACACAUCCCAGCCCCUAUGUGUAGGGUGUUUGUGGACUUCCUAACAGAAUAUUUUGAGGCCUGGGUGAACUUUAGCUUGGGGGUAGAGGUUUAAGAGAGAGGUGAGAUUUUUCAACUGGAAAACGGGUGGAAUUUGGACUGAUCAACUCGAAAUUUAAAAAAACUGCUAUUUCUUUUGUUCUUUCUAGCAUCUCCCCCACCCUCUGAACGUUUCUCAGGCUAGAUAGUGAAAUGAUCCAAUGCCAGUGUCAUUUUUGUACUUAAGUUCCAAAAUAGGAACAUUUUAUACUUUUUGUGUAUUGUAAUAGGUAGUUUUGUAUGAAAUAUUUUCUCCUCUUCCCUUGUACCCCAUCCUUUCCAGCAUUGUGCUUUCUCCUUGGGCUUAUUUGAAAAUUUAACUCUGUUUUAUACCAAGCUUGUUUAGUACAUUUUUCUAUGUUUUACCACAGGUUACAAUUUGGGGAAAAAAAAAAAAAAAAGACUAUUUUUUUUAAAUAUUCCAUUGUUAACUGAAUGUUACUGUUUCCACUCCAGCAAUUAGAUGUCCUACCCUUUUCAUAACUGCCUGCCUUUUAGGAGAAGACCACCUUUUGUUUGUUUGUUUUCUUUCUUUCUUUCUUUUUCUUUCUUUCUUUCUUUGUUUUUUUUUUUUUUUUGGUUGGUGUUUUCUAUAGGAAAUAAAUAGCUUCCUAUAUAUGAGUUGCUGGGACCUUUCACAUUUCUCUUUUAGAAAGCAAUGACAUGCAGACUUAUUGUAGGACUCCUGAACAUUGACUCGGUAUUUAAUGUAUUUAAGUGACAAUUUGAAAAGUGGCAGUAUGAUAUAGACUUGGACUAUAUGAAUCAAAAGGCCUGAGUCUUUCAGUCUCUCUUGCUGUUGUUUGGGGGACUCAGAGCAAGAUACUUCUCUGUAUUGAUUGUUUGUUUAGAUAACAUCUGUCUUACUUCCUUCACAGACUUUUUGUAGACCAAAGCAACAAAUAUUUAUUGCCAUGUGUAGCAGAAAAUGAAACAUGCAACAAAAGCACCUUGAAAAAUACAUAAGGACUGUUGAACCUGUCUGAACUUGGUCCCCCUUUCUGACCAAUACAGUUUUAUACAAGGUAGGAGUCAGUGAUCCUGAAACCACCUUCAUGGUAGGAGUGGGCCAAGCUGAGAACUAGUUUGUGGCCUAUGUGGCUCAGUGGGAACCAAAUACAGACUGUUAGAGUGAGCCAGUCUUUCCAGAGGGCUAGCCAAUGAGAGCAGGGCCAGCAUCUGGAAACUUAACUUUUGCCUUCAUUUGAGGGUGGGCUUUGAUGACCAGGAAAAAAAAAAAAAGGACAUUCCUGUAUUCCAUGGCCAAAGGCAUGUUACCAAUAUCUUGUUUAACCUGCUUUAAACUAAGUAAGCCAAUUGCUUUCCUUUUCUCCUAUGUUCCUCUCUACCCUGUAUUCAGUGCUCAUAGUCACCUACCUCCCCUCAAAAAGGAACAUCUGAGUGUCAGUAAGCUCUAGAUGUCAGUUAUAGAGGCUUCAACAGAAAUCAUAGUCCCAACAAUCAGUCCUGGGCCCUGUACAGAGAAAGUUAGAUAGACCAUUCCUGACCUUCUGAAAAUACAUGGUCCAAGGCACAGAGGCCAGUUCCAUCCCAUUUGUUAUCUGGAACCCACUUGUCGUUCCCAGGGUCCUCUUUAGUAUUGAAUGAAUUUUUCCUUAUCUAGCCUGGAGACUUUGUAAAUUGACUGCUCUAUAUGUGAAGUGCUUCAUACUUCUCUGUGAUAUCAACUUCUUUAGCCCCUGUAAUCAUGCUAGCAUCUACCCACUGACACUAGCAAUAUUAGUCCCCAUGUUUUAGUGGCCUUGGGGUAGAAACAGAGGUAACCUGGAAGAGCAUUUCCAGCAACCCCAUCCCAUAGCCUGUCCAUCACCACCUGGUUUUACAUGCCCAUGAAAAGGCUCUAAUGGGUAGAAAGAGAGAGUUCAUUUAAGAGCUCCAGUGUUUUUUUUUGUUUCAGUCUGGUCCUCCUUUGCCAUCCCUCCUGCUCUCAAAUAUGUCUUGCCAGAUUAAGAAAGAUGACACUUGGGCUUUGUCUUCUCCCUUGCUCCACCUGUAUAGGCCAAGAUGAAGUGGAAUGUGAUGGUUUUCCCCUUUGACUUUAUAUACCCAUGAGAGAGAGGGAAGUAAAAGGCUAUCAGGCCCCAUUGUUGACUCAAACGGGCUACAUGCUGAGCUCCUGGGAAAGUUGCCGUAUCUCCAGAAACAAUUUCUCCAGAGCUUCAAAUUCCUCCUAAAAUUUUGCAAUAGACAAGGCUCAGCUCAGUUUCUUCCUUACAGUCCAGGGCCUAUUUUAGCUGAGAUGAAUCCCAACAUCUGUGUAUUAAGAACCGUGACUACCAUUCCCAGCUUUGGAGGAGGGGAAGGACAUAAGGGCAUGUCAUGAUGGUCACCCACCAAGAUAAGGGAUAACACAUAUGCAUCCCCUGUGGGAGAGAAAAGAGAAAAUAAGAAACUGAGCUAGAAGAUAAACCUUGAGGAAGUGUUAGUAUGAUCUGCCUCUCUGGCCAGUCAUGGUUAGAGUAGAGAUAAUUCUAGUUGUGAGGGGUUGGACCAGAUUUCCAGGGUCUUGUCAAAGUCAGAUUCUGAAAUGUUAGGGUCACUAUGCUUGAAAUAGAUAUUGGUCAAGGUAGAGAUUCAAAAUUAAAAGUUUAAGGCCAAUGUUAUUACUGGCUUGGUCUUAAGAGUUAAGGCCCAGGUCAGUCUUAUCCUAAUAGGACAGAUUAUAGCUGCUGACUUUUCUCCAUUCUCAGCUGAGUAGCCACCAUCAACUGCUUGACUUCUGGAAAGUAUCCUUCCACCCUCUGCAGAACAUAAGUGCUAGGAAGGCAAAGUGUGUGGCAGAGAGGUACAUAAGGAGCCCAGAGUCCAAUCUGCUAGGUGUCCUUCAUUUAAUUACUCUUUUAUUCUUUUCACAAAUACCUACAGAGCACACACAUCCAAGUCCCAUCUCCUUUAAGCCUUCCAUUUUCACAAUAUUAUAAUAUCUCUUAUCUUGACAUCUGCAGCCCUUAUAAUCAGAAAAUAACUCCACAUGGUAUUUGUAUUGUAACCUGUCUUUUACAUCAGGAAUAGACUGAGACAUGUCACCACUGAGGGCAGGUGAAUGAUUUUGGUGCUUUUUUUCUCAAUCCAGGAGUGUAAGCUGUCUCUCUGGCCUGCCAGAGAGGAGUUAGGGGCAUCUCGAUUAAACAUUUCAGAAAGACUAUUGCAGCACUUGGGGGAAGAAGGACUGCUCAUGGCAGCCUGCAGUGAGGCUACACCUCAUCUGUGAUCCCCAACAGUUCAUCUCUGGUCCCAAACCUAAUGCCCACUCUGUCCUAUACAAAACACCUUCCUCAGCAGUUCGGUAUGCCCUUCAGGGGUCUCAACCUCUAUCCCAGUGGGCUAAUCAAAGUUUUCUUUCUCCCCUAACCAUGUGUAUUGCUAUUAUUUAUAGUUUUCUCCAUCUUUUUAUUUUCAGUGAUAAGAGUAUAUCACAUAGAUUGAGACUAUGGGUCCCUGUCUGCCUUUUCCUUUAAAUGGACUGUUUUACAUGCUGCCUGUGCCUUGUCUAUUAGCCGGAGCUAAGUUCCUGGAGGGCAUUUGCUUUAUACUUCUGGGGAGCCCCUUAGGCUAGGUUUUUAAUAAGCAUAUGUUUAAGUGCCUGGCUUGGGUGCCUGGCGGAUGGAAUGAAGAGAUGGUUUGACCAAGGAAAUAAAAGCCACCUGUCCCCAAGGACCUCCUAGUCUAACUUAUUUAGGAAGCUGACAGACACCAAGCAAUGUACCUUAUCGAGAAGGCAGGCUCCUCCUAGGCACAGGGUCCAAUGUGAAGCUGGAUAUGGGUGGUAGAGGGGCAGAGGUGGAGAGAAGUCAGGGAUGAUGUUACCUUUAUCUGCCAAUAUACGUGUGACUCCUUAGUUUUUAAAAGGUGAUUUAUUUAAAAUAAAUUCUGGAUUUUGCUCUCUU